UUUUUCCGGCAGUGCUCACUUCUGAGCUUUUUAUCUGUCUACUUCUCAACUGUUUGUAAAGUUUCUGCAUCCGUCGAAUUUUCUGGAAAUUCCAAUAGACUAAUAAGUCUCCGCUGAAAUCUGUUUCUCUCCAAAAAGAAACAAAGAAAUUGAGAGUUUGUAGGGGUCAAGCUAAGGAAGAGAGAAGCUUGUGAGCUGCAACUAAGUUUCAUUCAUUCAACCGGUAUGUGGAGGCUUAAGAUUGCCCAGGGUGGUGAUCCCUAUCUAUACAGCACCAACAACUUCAUCGGACGGCAGAUUUGGGAGUUUGACAGAGAUUACGACACACCGGAAGAACUCGCCGAGGUUGAGAAGGCUCGUGAGGAGUUCAGGAAGAACCGACACCAUGCGAAGCCCAGCGGUGAUGUCCUACUACGCUUGCAGCUCUUGAAGGAGAAUAGCUUUGUUCAGACUAUACCCCCAGUAACGAUAGGAGACAAUGAGGAGAUAUCCUACGAGGCUGCCACUGCUGCACUUAGGAGAGCCGUCCGAUUCCACUCCGCAAUACAAGCAAGCGACGGCCAUUGGCCGGCGGAGAACGCGGGCCCACUAUAUUUUCUUCCUCCAUUGGUGAUGUGUUUAUACAUUACUGGACAUCUUAACACAGUCUUUCCAGCAGAACAUCGCAAAGAGAUUCUUCGAUACAUAUACAAUCACCAGAAUGAGGAUGGAGGUUGGGGACUACACAUAGAGGGCCACAGUAUCAUGUUCUGUACUGCACUGAGCUACAUCUGUAUGAGGAUUCUGGGAGAAGGGCCUGAGGGUGGCCGAGAUGGGGCUGUUCCUAGAGCUCGCAAAUGGAUUCUUGACCAUGGCGGAGUUACAGCCAUGCCCUCUUGGGGAAAGACUUGGCUUUCGAUACUUGGAGUCUAUGAAUGGGAAGGCAGCAACCCAAUGCCUCCAGAGUUUUGGAUUCUUCCAUCCUUUCUUCCCAUGCAUCCAGCAAAGAUGUGGUGCUACUGUCGCAUGGUUUAUAUGCCAAUGUCCUAUUUAUAUGGAAAGAGGUUUGUGGGUCCCAUCACUCCUCUCAUUCUACAAUUGAGGGAAGAGCUUCACACUCAACCCUACCAUGAAAUAAAAUGGAGCAAGACCCGCCACAUAUGUGCCAAGGAGGAUCUCUACUACCCUCAUCCCUUCAUACAAGAUUUGCUGUGGGAUAGUCUUUACAUUCUUACUGAGCCUCUUCUCACGCGUUGGCCCUUUAACAAAUUGAUCAGAGAGAGGGCGCUGAAGACAACAAUGGAGAACAUCCACUAUGAAGAUGAGAACAGUCGAUACAUUACCAUUGGUUGUGUAGAGAAGGUGUUAUGCAUGCUUGCUUGUUGGGUGGAAGAUCCUAAUGGAGAUGCUUUCAAGCACCAUCUUGCCAGGAUCCCAGAUUACAUAUGGGUUGCUGAAGAUGGAAUGAAAAUGCAGGGUGGUUUGGCAGCUUGGGAACCAGCUGGAGCAGAAAAGUGGUUGGAGCUGCUUAAUCCUACAGAAUUCUUUGCUGACAUUGUUAUUGAGCAUGAGUAUGUUGAAUGCACUGGGUCGGCAAUCCAAGCCUUGGUACUAUUUAUGAAGUUAUAUCCAGGCUAUAGAAUGAAAGAAAUAGAAAGUUUCAUCUCAAAAGCAGUACAUUUUCUCGAGCAAACACAAAUGCCYGAUGGUUCAUGGUAUGGAAAUUGGGGAGUUUGCUUUACCUAUGGCACAUGGUUUGCACUAGGGGGUCUAGCAGCAGCAGGAAAGACCUAUUACAAUAGUCYAGCAGUUUGUAAAGCUGUCAAUUUUCUGUUAACAACACAGCAAGAAUCUGGUGGUUGGGGAGAGAGUUAUCUUUCAUGCCCAAAUAAGGAAUACACUCCUCUAGAAGGUAGUAGAUCAAAUUUAUUACUGAUUAAUUCACAAAUGGAAAAUGGUGAUUUUCCCCAACAGGAAAUCACUGGAGUCUUCAAUAAGAACUGUAUGUUACACUAUGCAGCAUACAGAAACAUCUAUCCAGUGUGGGCACUUGGAGAAUACCGGAGGCGGGUUCUGAAACCAUCCAAGAACAUCCAAAAUUAAUUCAUAACUUUCACAGUUCUCCUUAUUCAAAUAAAUCCAUGAGAAUGCUU